AUGGUCCAGUACGACCUGAUUCUGUUUUUGGAUGGCGAUUCCGUUCUGAUGAGAUGUCUCGAUGGGAUUCUCAGCGCCCCAGCAGAAUCCCGCAUCGCACCCGUCGCGUGUCCUGGAGGAUUCUGGGGCUGGGAUACCCUGAAUACUGGCUUUAUGAUCUUGCAGCCGUCACUUAAGAUGUUCCACUACUUUGAGGCGUUGCUGGGAGUCCAGGAUAGCUUUGAUACCAGCAUAGCCGACCAGAGCGUCUUGAAUGUUGCCCUUUCUCGUGAAGGCCCUACCCCGUGGACUGCAGUGGACUUCUCGUGGAAUAUUCAAUGGCCAUGGCCAGAGGAUAUCAAGGCGGGCUAUGCUGUUCUUUACGAAAAGUGGUGGGCACCUACGCACUGGGAAUCUAAGGACUACUUUCUCUCUUGGUACUGGCGAAUGAUUGGCUAUUAUUCUGCUUCUGAUUGA